GCUGCCUCCAUCAGAACUCACUGGUCUGUGGAAGUAGUAGUAGCGGAAUUUAACUGGGCAGGAAGCCCUAAAAAUGGAAGCCAAGAAGAAGAAGAACUUAUUGGACAAUAUCCGAGUGAAAAAUAAGUUUGUCAAUCUGAUGAAGCCUGGCAAAAAGGCAGCUGACAAACAGAGAAAGAAACUUGCCUACAGGCGCAGUAUAUCUGUACCAGAUUUAAGGAUUACAGCAGGAGAAGGUUUUCCACCGGAGAACGUUGUGCCAUCGACAGCCUCCGAGGCCGUAUUUUACACCAAUUCCCCCAUGUUGAGUGAUAAUGAUUCUACUGCAAGUGGCUCGAUCCCUGAUGGGUCGGCAAUGAAUGUCAGAGUUUCCACAGAUGUCCAAGAUGCAGGCUCCAAUCGAGCAUAUUCACCGACAACUUUCAAUGAGGAAAUAAUUGACUUGGUCAUGUCCAGCUCAGAGAAAAAGCUGAACGUGAGUGGAGGAACCUUAUAUGCACAAGUAGACAAAAAAGCCCCCCAAAAAGGACCUACUUUUACUUUCGACCCUGUUCUUGCACAAAGUUCCAGUUUUUCCAAUUUGCAAAUUAGUUCACCAAGACCGGAUUCUGCAACAGAUUUUGGCGAAAGACCUUGGACACCCGAGGCUGUCAGGAAUCCAGGAGCUAUAGCAGAAGUGCUUGCAAGAGCAAACUCUCUGGGAGAACAAAGUGCCCAUGCGAGGGCCGUUCACUUCAAGCAGGACAGGCCCCUGUCUAGGAAAGGGAGUCCAUCACCUUUCAGAGAAAAGGUGCCUGUGAUGUUAGACAACCUCGGUAAACCACUGGACAGCACGGAUGGCAGCUCAGAAUACUGUUGGUCGGGCGAGGACCAGAUCGCUAUUCCAUGGUUGACAGAUAUCGAGGCACUGGAUCAAGAACCCACCCUAUCCUCCAUUACAAGUGACUAUAAUAUUGAGGAAUCUUCACUAGAAGGAGGGACUAUGGAAGAAAUGGAGAUGUCCAGUGAACCAUGUGACUUCUUUGAGCAAAUUCUACCAGAUCCACCCGAAUGCUCUGCUCUGACAGCAGGGUCAGAGGUCCAAGGACCAGCCCCACUCCAGAGGUACCUACUUUGCAUCAGUUUAAAGCAGGGACAGAACCUGGUGAUCCGAGACAAACGUUCCGGUACAAGUGAUCCUUAUGUGAAGUUCAAACUGGAAGGAAAGCAGUUCUACAAGAGCAAAGUGGUGUAUAAGAACUUGAAUCCCAGGUGGAACGAGUUCUUCUCCUAUCCUCUGCGGGACAGAGAGCAUGUUGUGGAAGUUCGGGUCUACGAUAAAAAUCGAACAUCAGAUGAAUUCAUGGGUUCAAGCACUAUUGCACUGAAAGAUCUUGAACUUUACAAGAACUAUGAAAUGGAGUUGCGCCUCAGUGAUCCCAAAAGCAAAGAGGAAAACAUGGGAGUAAUUAAUGUCGAUGUAUGUCUAAUGUUUCGGGAUGCUACCAUCAAACGAAACUCGAGAUGGCCAGUAAAGAAGAAUAAGAAGGCCACACAGUACCAGAGCCCAGCCGAGAUGCAGAGGAGUCAUCUGAAAAGCCGUAUGUGGACGGGGGUUCUCGCCAUCACCCUGGUGGAAGGACAAGAUCUCCCUCAGUAUGGCCACGGUGACAUCUAUGUCCGCUUUCGUCUUGGCGAUCAGAAGUACAAAAGCAAGAACCUUUGCAUUCAGGCCAAUCCCCAGUGGAGAGAGCAGUUUGACUUCAAUCAGUUUGCGGAUAACCAGGAACCUCUGCAAGUGGAGGUGUAUUCGAAGAGAGGCAGGAAGGGUGAGGAAUCAUGGGGAAUGUUUGAGGUUGACAUAUCCAGACUUACCUUUAAUGAGCGGCAGCUCUACACUCAUGUGCUGGAUCCGGGAAAGGGCAGGCUGGUGUUUUUGGUCACCCUGCGACCGUGCUGGGGGGUCUCCGUUUCUGACAUUGAAAUGGCUCCUUUAGAGAAGGCUGAUGAGAGAGACGGCGUGGUGGAGAAAUUUAGCUUAAAGAACUCCUAUAAAUAUGUAAGGGAAAUUGGUUUCCUUCAGGUCAAAGUUUUAAGAGCAAAUGAGCUUCCUGCUUCAGACCUUAAUGGAAAAAGCAACCCAUUUUGUGUCAUUGAGCUUGGAAACAGUAAACUUCAAACCAACACUGUCUACAAGACUGUCAAUCCGGAGUGGAACAAAGCACUCACAUUCCCAGUUAAGGACAUUCAUGAUGUGAUUGAGCUGACUAUCCUGGAUGAAAAUGGAGACAAAGCACCAAACUUUUUGGGCAAAGUGGCCAUUCCAUUACUGACUGUUCAGAACGAGCAGCAGAUUUGUCUAUUCCUCAAGAAAGAGGACUUGAGUGGAGCAGCUAAAGGAACUGUCACACUGGUGCUGGAGGUUAUAUAUAACAAAGUCCGGGCUGGUAUUCAAACCUUUCAACCAAAGGAGGGAAAAUUUACAGAAGAAAAUGUGAAGUUCUCAAAAAAGGUUCUUGCCCAGAACAUAUAUAGAGUUCGAAAAAUCAGCACAGCAGUUCUAUGUACAUUACAGUACAUUAAAAGCUGUUUUCAGUGGGAGAACACCCUACGGAGUCUAAUAGCCUUUUUGAUCUUUGUGGUGACAGUUUGGCACUGGGAGCUCUUCAUGCUUCCCCUUUUCCUGCUCCUGCUUAUUGGCUGGAACUACUUCCAGCUCAGUGGAAGGAACGGCAAGUCAAACCCGGACCUGGUGAACAUGAGCAUAGGUGAGGAUGAAGAGGACGACGAGAAGGAACCGGGUAAAAAGGGUAUAAUGGAGAAGAUCCACAUGGUGCAGGAAGUGGUCUUGGCCGUUCAGAACAUUUUGGAAGAGAUUGCAAACAUCGGGGAGCGAGUAAAGAACAUAUUCAACUGGUCUGUUCCGUUCAUGUCUUGUCUAGCCUGCUUGGUGCUGUUUGCAGCCGCAUCACUAUUGUAUUUCAUCCCACUGCGAUAUAUAGUGCUUAUAUGGGGCGUUAACAAAUUUACCAAGAAGCUGCGCAACCCAUAUGCAAUUGACAAUAAUGAGGUGCUGGAUUUCCUCAAGAGGAUGCCUUCUGAUGUUCAGAAGGUGCAGUACAGCGCACUGAGAGCACCCAGCCAGAGCCAGCCACGCAAGAAAAAGAGGUGUGAGCAGCAGCAGGAGGAGGGCAGUGCAUGGCCCCGUCAAUCAGCAGCCGGGAGGUAAAGAAAAAAGCAGUGCGAGGCUUUGCCUUCAUCUUUAGAUGUAAUUUAGAGGAGGAAUGAGGCGCAUCGGCUUACCUUAGAUCUCCUCCGGUUUGCUUGCUUUUUUGCUUCAGAUAUUUGCCCCAAGGUAAAUUUAAUGCCAGCUUAACAAUUCAUGGAAAACAAACUGUGGCAAUAUUUUCCUUUUGAUCCAUGUGCUGUUAUCAUAAUAAGCCAAAAGUUGGCAUAGAUGGCGGCGCCUUUAUAAUCACGAAGAAUGUAUUUUUUGCACUACCGUCCUUUUUUGGUAAGGAUUUUUAAAUGUAGUAUUAUGCACUUAUAAACUGUUUUUGCUGUAUAUGUUUUAUUUUGUUUUUGUGUUUGACAUUAAAUUGAUAUU